CCCAGAAGCAAAAGUAGGCGGUGGGAGAGAGGCGGCAAAAGCUGACCAGGAAGGAAAGAAUGGGAGGCUUGCCUUUGGCGCCGCUGUCAAACAAUCAUAGAGGGAAACAAAGAAGUCAAUUGUACUGUUCCAGAGUACUCUAAGCAAACAUCCCAUAAACUGAGAUUAUGACUUAUCUCACAGAUAGAAGAGAAAGACUUUCUACUAUUCUUAAGUGCACUUUAGUUUCAUGUUUAAAUGUAAUUUAUUGAACUAAACCAAACUUGAGCUUUUUAAAAUUGUGUUUGGUUAUCUUUGUCAUAUACAACAAGGAGAUAAAAUCCAGUGUAGUGGAAGAAAACAAUACACAUAUUUUAAAAUGCUACAAUAUUAUUAAAUCUGAAGAAGAUAUUUUGUAUGUUGUUGAGCUGUCAUGUCUGAAGUUAGCCUGUUGGAGGAAGACAUUUGGGAGUACAAAUCUAUUCGGAAGCUAAAGUCAGUAGACCAGAAUUCAGAAACUAUCUGUACAAAUGUACAUAAAGCAAAUGGUGGAAAGUCACAAAGACAUGGCAAUAGGAAAACAUCAGAAGAAAAACAGACUUCGAAGAUGACAAAGCAAGGACCAAGGCAAAGAAGUAGCCAAACACCUUUAAAACCAGAUCUACAUGUCGGUGUUCCCAAUAAUGACCCUGCCACACAGUCACAUGAAGGCAUAUCAUUGACACCAUCAAAGCGAAAGAAAAACUGCAAGAAGCAAACCCCUUCAAAAGCUCGUCCAGUUUAUGAAGGACAUUGCCCAAGUUGCCAGAUGCCAUUUUCUUUGUUGUUGAUCCAAACACCUCAUUGGCAUGUGACAGAAUGUUUAGAUGGCUCAAGAACUGCUGAAAAAGAGUGCCCUGAUGGUCUUCUGUGUACUUCAACUAUUCCUUCUCAUUACAAACGUUAUAGCCACACCCUUCUUGCUGCAAGCAGAGCAGGGGAAUAUGUUGCUGAAUUUUCCUCAUCUAACACAGAAAAUGAUUUAUUUAGUCUUGGUACUGCUUCAUCCAUCAACUGCAGUGCCUUCAGCGAUGGGGUGUUGCAGGAUCUGAAAGACUUCCAGAGUGUGGGAAAACCUCCAAGACAGUGCUUUCUGUUGCCAAAAGCUACAAACUUUACAGAAAAUGUUAAAGAAUCUGAACACAGUACACAGCGUAUAGAUGAAGUAAAGCUGGCUGAGUGCUGUGGUUCUCUUUAUCAAGAAACUGAAAGUGGUGAAGAUCUGGACAGUGGCUCUUACCAACGAAGUAUGGUAAUCUCAGAAGCUGACCUAAGUGACUGUGAUAUUUCCUACUCUCCACUUAACACAGAUGGGGAAGACACUAUAGAGACAGAUGACGAGGAGACCAUAGAGGUAGAACGUUUUAGAAAAAGGCUAUUUGAUUUUGGGAGCCUAGAAGACAAAAGUGGAAGGAUUGGAAGUUUUAAUAAGCCACGAACUGCUUCACAACUAAGUGACCAGGAACACAACAUAGAGCAUAAUUUUACAGUAAGCAGUGAAUCCUACAAAACAUUAAAUGCAUUCCAAAGUCUGGAUGGUGUUUGUAAGACUCUCUCUCAAAGUAGCAUGCUUAGCAAAGUUUGCAGUUCAGCAAGUAUAUUGGAUCAGUUGAAACAUCCCACAGAAGCACCCAUUCCCCCUGUUGAAUAUAAAAAAACUCUGGAGAAACCUGAGGAGCUAAAAUUGAGUGCUUCAGCUUUUGAUGCAGGUGAAUGUGGGUGGGGCAACUCUGAUUACUCUAAUUGGGCCUCUACAGAGUCUGCUAAGGGCACAUUGCUUUCAGAAUUUAGAGAAGAAGGUACUAAGUCUCCUUUACCUGGCCUAAGAGAUACUGUGGAAGAACCCAGUAGUAGCUUAGUUACUGAAGGUAAAAGUGUUACUGGCAUAUGUAGAAGCAGGUUGGCUCAUAACAAUUCAUAUUCAGUAUCAGAAAAAGUGGGAAGGCUUUGUAAUAACAUAGCUAUGCCUGUUUUCCCAAGUACAGUCUCUAAAACACUGCCAUAUGUUUCUGCUGCUAAUGCUGAAGUCAAAACCACUCCUGCCAAGGAACUAAAACAAAUGGAUAUUGGUGUUUUCUUUGGGUUGCAACCGAAAGCCAAAAUGGAGAGUAACCAAAAGAAAAAUCUCUCUGAAAGUACACAGACUUUGAGUCCACCGGCUGCUGCAGGAAAGCGGCCCGGAUCUCGAAAGAGGAAAGCCGAAGGAUCAGUGGGAGAGUCUGAUACAAUCAGAGAAAGUUCAAGCAAAAAUGUCAUCUCUGCAGAUCCAACAUCUGGUGGACAGAAAAGGUGGACAAAGAGGUUUAGGGAGUCCUGUCCUGCUGAAGAGGGAACAAGAAAAAAACAGUGUCCCUUCUAUAAGAAGAUACCAGGUACAGGUUUUGUAGUAGAUGCAUUCCAGUAUGGAGAAAUUGAAGGAUGCAAGGCUUAUUUUCUUACACACUUCCAUUCUGAUCAUUAUGGUGGCCUAACUAAAAAGUUUACAUUCCCAAUAUAUUGCAAUAAGAUAACUGGAAAUCUGGUGAAGAGCAAACUUCGAGUGCAAGAACAGUACAUCCAUGUCCUGCCGAUGAAUAGCGAAUGCAUAAUAAAUGGCAUCAAAGUGGUGUUGCUCGCUGCUAAUCAUUGUCCUGGUGCUGCAAUGAUCCUAUUCCAAUUUCCGAAUGGGACUAAUAUGUUACACACGGGAGACUUCAGGGCAGAUCCUUCUAUGGAGCGCUGCCCUUUUCUUGUCGGUCAGAAAGUUCACACUGUCUACUUAGAUACAACAUACUGUAGUCCUGAAUACACUUUCCCUUCCCAGCAAGAAGUGAUUCAAUUUGCUGUCAAUGUGGCCUUUGAGACAGUUACCUUAAACCCACGGACUUUGGUUGUUUGUGGCACAUAUUCUGUUGGAAAAGAAAAGGUCUUUCUAGCUAUUGCUGAAGUUCUAGGUUCAAGAGUGAGCAUGUCCCAAGACAAAUACAAAACAUUGCAGUGCCUGGAAUCAGCAACAAUCAAUUCCCUCAUCACCCUGGACUGGAAUAACACUUUGCUUCACCUUUUACCCAUGAUGCAAAUUAAUUUUAAGAAUUUGAAGAAUCACUUGGACAAAUUCUCUGAGAAUUUUGAUCAAAUUUUGGCUUUUAAACCCACUGGGUGGACUUAUUCAGACGGGUGUGGCUCUUUGAGUGAUAUUAAACCUCAGACCAAAGGAAAUAUCACUAUAUAUGGAAUACCUUACAGUGAGCACAGCAGCUUCCUCGAAAUGAAACACUUCAUCCAGUGGUUGAAACCUCAGAAAAUUAUCCCUACUGUAAAUGUGGGAAACUGGAAAGCCAGAAAUGAAAUGGAGAAGCAUUUCAGAGCCUGGAAGAUGGAGGCUGCAGGAUGGAACUAGGAAGAAGAGUGGAAUUUGCAGCUGAAUGCCUUACAUUCCCUUUCUGUUAUUUUUCUAUCCUUUUCCUUAGCUCUGACCUUUGCAGAAGCAAUAAUACAGUUUUCCUUCAUUUGCUAAUUAUAAAGAUACCGUUUGUUAUCUGUAGCUGUAACUGGUAGAAACUUUGUCAAAGGAGGUAUGCCCUAAAAAGCACUUUAAAGAAAUGCAAAAUGUUAAGCACCUCUAUUACAAAUCCAGGCUCCUUAGAUGGCAUAAACAAAUCCCUCCUGAUAGGUAAGAAAGUGGUGGCUACUGAUAAAUCCCUGUCAUACUGAAGUAUCUAUUUGGGUCCCAGGGGGACAAACAAGUAUGCAAAUAUUUUACUGGGGGAUUUCAUGCUACUUGCUUUGUGGUCUCACCACAUGUUAAGUGACAGGCAUCCAAAUUGAAGGUUUUUGUUUCUAAGACAGUUGGCAGCCUUGCCAGUCUUAAAUUGUUUAAGCUUGGGGGGGGGGGCGCUUUCCUGAAAUUUUCAUGACCAAGAGUCUUCUGAACAACCAUUUUUAUAUGAUGAAUUUGGUGGACUAACAUCUAGGUCAUCUCUCCCCCCCGCCGAGACAGUCAAAAAUAUAUUAUAUGGACCCAAGUUGUCCUGCAAGAUGGUAGUAUGAAUCUGCAUAGCAAUUAGCAUCUCAGAGCUAGGAGUCUUAACACUAAUUUUGUAACUUAUUUGCAGAGUUUAAAUCAUUAUUGCACGCUCCGCACAGGUAUGGAGUAGAACAAUUAAUGUCAAGGAAAAUGUAUGAAUGAGAAUAUUUUACACAUUUUUAUAAAAGAAAUACAUUUUUAAUAAACAACCUAAAUAUA